AUGAAGAUUUUAUUUUAUGAUUUGGCAAUCGCGGUCAUAACCAUCUUUCUUCCUUUGGCCGUUUUGCCAAUGGGAUUUGCGCAAAUCAUAAAGAAUUAUAUAGCCGGCAAUAAUCUAUGUUUGGAACAGAGGCUACUGCUUUGUGCUCUUCAAGGAGAUGGAAGA